CCCAAAAAAGGUCCAUUCCAUUCCUUACCACCACCACCCUCUCAAUCUCUCUUUUCUCUCUCCUUAAAUCAUAUACUUCCCGUAAUUCCAAAUCCAAAUAAAACUCACCUUCCUUCCAAAAGGCCAAACUUGGUAAAAUCACCAUCACAUUCAUCCUUUCCAUAAUUAUAUUCAAAUAUAAAACGAUGCCCAAAUCCUCCGUCUUACUCCACCGCAUCACCACCAACACCCACCCUACCACCACCUCCCCUUUCUCCCACCUCCACCCUAAACCCCUCUCUCUCACACCCUUCUCCCCUCCCGGCUUCGAAGUCCCCGACGACGUCGUACGCUACCAUGCCCAAUCCGUAAACUCCCACCAGUGCUCCUCCGCCGUCGUUCAAGAGAUCUCUGCCCCUGUCUCCACCGUCUGGUCUGUUGUCCGCCGUUUCGACGCCCCACAGGUCUAUAAACAUUUCGUCCGAUCAUGUGACGUCAUCUCCGGCGACGGUGACGUCGGCACUCUCCGUCGUGUCCGCGUUGUCUCCGGCCUUCCCGCCGCCACCUCCGACGAAAGACUUGAGAUCCUUGACGACCACCGCCACGUAAUCUCUUUCUCCGUUAUCGGCGGGGACCACCGCCUCUCAAACUACCGCUCCGUCACGUCCUUACACCCGGCAAUCGGCGACACUGGCGAAGAGUCUACACUUGUCGUCGAAUCAUACGUCGUUGACACACCCGCGGGUAACACGAAAGAAGAGACUUGCGUAUUCGUGGACACCAUUGUUCGGUGUAACCUUCAAUCGUUGGCACAGAUCGCUGAAGGAAGAGGGAAAGAGGAGAAGAAGAAUCUCCUCUCCGGAUCUUAAUUUAGGUCAAGUUUUCCCCCCUCUUUCUCUCACAUACUACAUCUGUCGAGUUACAGUCUCGAUAAAAGACUAUCGAAGAUGAACAACGACGACAACAACGUUUCCGGCAACGGAAGGGGUGAUAUAUAAUUUUUGUGUGUUAUUGAUCGUAAUCAUCUUGCACUUAUGAUCUACCCCCUUCUCCUUCUCCUUUGAUCUUUUUCUUUUUGUUAAUCCUGUCAAAGAAAAGAUUGAUACAUAGAACAUAGUUUUUUGUUGUUAUUGUUGUACUUAUUUGUUGCUUUAAAUGUAAUGUUUGUGGUGCAUGCCUUUUGA